AGACGGGGGAAGACACAUCAUUUAGGCCAAAGAUAGAAGCUCCAUUCUUCUGAUCCAGUCCUCGUGUAUAUCAUGUUCUACUACUCUAGCCCAAAGCCUCUCUUACUGGUUGUCCUCAUCGUGCUGUUCAACGGACACAACUGGGCAGAGAAAAUGGUGGGAAUCAUAGGUCAUGGGGUCACCAUCCGCUUCUCAUUUCAGAACAUGUCCAAAGUAUUUAAUAAUCGGUCAAUUAGUCUUUACAAAAAUAAUAACAAGAUCGCUGAAUGUAAUCAUGAUGUGCACAGCUGUUGCUUACAAAGCCACCUCUGCUUCUCUGAGAAUAAAGAGGCCUCUUUCUUCAUCCAAAAUCUGACAUCAGUUGACAACGGAACGUAUUGGAUCAUGUUGUUCCAAAUCAAUAGAGAUCCUCCCAUGCUAAAAAGCAAUGAGGUGUCGCUUAUCCUUCAAUCGAAUGGUAACACCGCAGAAUCCCCAUCAUUCACCUCUAACGCCGCAGAUGAUGCUAUCAGCGACCGUGGAAACGCCAACAAUGUCUAUGUCCUGAUCAUCUUUGCUGUUUUGGGGGUGUCCAUCAUAGCUCUGUUAAUCGGACUGCUUGGUUGGUUCUGCUGGACCUACAAAAGGAGCCCAGAAAGGGACCAGCAAGAGAACCUCAAGGCCAAGCAACAGGGGUCAGGAGAGGCGUCCACCUCCAUGUCUGUGUAUUCUGUAGAAUACGGUGUGCUGGACUUCAACAGUAGACCCAAUGGAGAAGAGGCAAACAGGCAUGGGGGGGAGAGGGAGGGAGGAGUGGUAAGGUCUGCAGAGACAGUGGAAUAUGCUGCAAUCACCUUUCCCCCACAACAAAGGGUGUCAUACGGGAGAUAGUGAGUCAUCUGAAACUCUAUUAAAUACAAACAGCGUUGCCUGAUUUGAACUGAAUGCCAUCAACAUAUGGAACAGGUGCUGAGAGAAUGAUGCUGCGGUUGAUGUGUCACUCUGAGGUGAUAGAUACCGUAAGAAUGGAAAUACUUAGUCCCGUAUUAAUAAAAACACCCUCCCUGUGGCUAUGCGUGACUGUACCCUACUGGAAAUACAAAAAAAAAAAAUAAGUUGUAGAUACAAUAACCCAUUUGACUGUAACACGAAUGUAAUUUUAACAUGUUUUUUUUUUUUUUUUUUUUCAUAAAGUCAUGGAACAUUAAUUGUGUGUAAAAAUUUCCGGAAGGGUUUGCACAGAUAAAUACACCUUUAAUAGGGUAUUUUUUUUCUCACAGAGUGUCAUGUUGUUUGUUUACUCUGACACUAUUCGGAUUACCAGAAGUAUCUGGGGGGAUUUUACAAAAGAAUUAGCAUGGUCCUCUGCAAUCCAACUAAGUUCUCAUUAAAUGGAGUUUACUUGACACACGUUUGUUUUUUUUUUCAUCCCUCAAUGGUUUCAAAUUCACAAUGAUUGACAUAUACAUGUAUACUGGGAAAAUCAAGUUUCAAAUAAAUUAUUUUGUAUAAUAGGUGAUCAUAUCACGCGGAUUACAUUCUGAUCUAAACGAGCUCUUUCACGGAUGUUGUUUUUAGACUUUCAAUGGCUCUCAUGUAACAGUUUCUAAUGUUUCCAGACAAAUGCAGUGCAUCAAGUGCUGUAAUCUUGACACGAUCGGUCUAGCGGAAGCCUCGAAGCAUGGAGGAUUUGGAGGAUUUUCAUUUUAAUGUAUCACUGGCAAUUGCUAUUAGGCAACGUUUGUGCAGAGUUACUCUGUCCAGUGUCUGUGUUCUUUUGCCCGUCUUAAUCUUUUUUUUUUAUUGGCCAGUUUGAGAUAUGGCUUUUUCUUUGCAACUCUGC